AUGGCGCCAACCACCCCGGAAGAAGCACCCAAGAAGCGCGGUCGCGGCAGGCCCCCUAAAGCCGAUGGCCAGAAGAAGGCCGCCUACGUCCCCACAGGACGCCCUCGCGGACGACCCAAGGGUAGCGGAGGCGUGAAGAAGGCCGUUACCCCCAAGAAUCCCGCUACGGGUACCGGUAGAGGACGCGGCAGACCCAGGAAGAGCGACGUCGCCGAUGCGCCUGCCACGCCCACGGCUGCGACUGCCACACCCAAGAAGAGCACGCCAGCCAAGUCCGCCUCGUCCACCGGCCGCCCCCGUGGUCGCCCUCGCAAAUCCGACGCGUCUACUGCCGCGCCCACGCCCAAGAAAGCCGAGUCGGCGCAAAAGGGCAAGGGAAGGAAGAGCGACGUCUCGAAGGAGUCGUCUUCCUCCGGUUCGUCGUCGGGGUCUGACGAUGAAGAACAGGCUCCUAAGAAUGCCUCCAAGCCGCUCUCCGAUGCCGCCGACUCCACCGAAGAGGAAAUGUUUACUGUUACACCAAAGUUACGAUGCAUGGGUCUUGGGCGUUGGUUUGGCGGGAAUCGAAGAACAGUUCACGAAAAAAGAAGGGAAAAAAGCAACAAAAAAAAGCUCUGGGUCAUCGCUCUCGAAGUGGCUACUCAAAAUAUAUUUGGUGUCGAGGAAGGUCAAUGUUUCUCAAUAUCCCAGCUGAGGCUUCCCCGGCACAUGAGGAUUCGACCGUUUAUUAGACACCAUGCGUUUUGCUGA